GAGACAGUCAGCAGCAUCAUGUUGGUUGGUAGUGUCUUGAAAACAGAUGUUUCUUUGUGUUUUGGUCUGUACUGAAUGUGGUGUCUUCAAGUCUUCAAAUCACUCCACCAGUGUCUUGAGGAGAAUUGAGUUCAUCUUUGAGGCACAGCUCAAGCUUAGCUUCUUGUGUGAACACACACCUGCAUAGAUAGAUCAUCAAGCACGGCAUGGCCUGAUGCAACCUAGUUGAAAACACCUGUGGUGCAGAUCUGCUUACUUCCUCUUGUUUUGAGGGAAACCAGUUACCUGCUUUUGCUUAGCACCUAUGCACAGAGCUUGGGUGCUGUACAGUGUAGCCCACUGGAUGGUACUGAUAGUUAUCCUAAACUCGGAAACCUACCCCUGAUUCUAUUUCAAGGAGCAGUGGCUGGUGUGCUUGGCACCUAAUUUUUUUCUUUCUGUUGACUCAUGUAGUGUUGUGACUGGAGGCACUAUCGAGUUCAUCUUGAUCUUGAGUUCUGGCCCGGAACAUGUGGUUUCUUGAUCUGCGAUGCAAUCUUUGAACUGAUUACUUCUUCUGCACUUCAGCGCGGUGAUACUACUGUUGUUUGGAUGCCUAGGAGCGUCUGUAGCCACUCACACUAUCAGUACUAGUAGCAGUGUGUGAUAAUGGAGAAUAGCACCGAUUCGACCAGGUGCAGUCCCGGUCUGGGGCUGUUGAAACGGCUGCACUUUCGUAACCGCAGGCCCUCUACGUUGGCAUUUGAGGUCGAUUUUCCCGAUGAGAAGCGGCGGCGAAGAGCCCGUCAAGCACGCAGCUCUAGUUUUGGAGGAGGCCAGAAGGAUGAGUCUGCCACAGCUGGCAAGACUUUCAACUUCUCCGUGUAUGUGAGCAUUGCUGGCAAAUCACAGCGUUGCAUUCUCCAGGUCAAUUUCUCCAGCCAUGUCAUCAGUACGGUGGAGCGAGGUGCUAUCAAGCGCCGAAUCAACUUCACGGAUGUCAUGCGAGUCGAAACUGACGACGGCAUGAAGGUGACCGUGUUCGUGGAGCGUGGAAAGGAGCUGGAGUUUGACGCCGACACUCUGGAAGAGAAAAACAAGAUUUCUCGUCUCAUCACCGGCAUUGCUGAAGGCAGCGGUUACGGUGAAGAGGACAGCAGCGCAGUCAGCGGUGGUUCAGGUGGUGAUGAAGGGAACUCGGAAAGCUCCGAGAGUAGUGUCCUCAUAGAAGGCGUCAUUGAGAAGAAAGGGCAUAGCGCGGCCUUCCUGACGUGGACAAAGCGACACUUGCGAGUGUCUCGUGGAGAGCUGACGUACUUCAAGCCUGAAGAUCUUCAGGAAGCACUGAAUAUCAUCUCACUGCGUCAUGGCAAGACGGAUAUCAAGAAGAUUGAAAACAAUAUGUUUGUUAUUGAUUGUAACAAGAGACUUUACACAUUUCGCAUACCCAACCCUUCCAACGCCAAGCCACCAGGAGCUAUUAGCAAGGAGCGAGACGGCUGGUUUGAUGCCAUCCGGAAUGAGCUGGAUGCUGGCAGCGGGCCCGUCGGCCAGCCAGACGAAGGUCCUGCAUUCAGCAAGACGUCCAGCUUCCGCGUCGCCGGUCAAUCGGCGCUGCGGCACAACACGACGGCAGCACGACAGACGCUGCGUCAGAGCUUGAAACAGCUCAGCCGCGUCCGUCCCACCGGCCAGUCGAUCAGCGGACCAGCUUCUCAGUUCCACUCGCCUCUGACCAAUGUCUCCGAAACCGGCCAGGCGCAGCCUAACUCCAGCGGCACCGCUCCAGAGUAUAUCAUAUCCCCGACGUCGGGCAAACAACGACCCCUGCCACCCUGGCAGCAGCAGCAACAGGCAAGAACAACGAGUCCACCGGGAACGUUUAACAAGACCAUAUCUGCACCUACUCUCAUCAGUCCACCAAAGUCCGAAAGCCCGGAAGGACCGGGAGCGAUUCCCGUAGCAGCGCGUCCCACCCGGGCCCCGCCAUCGGCUCCGCAUGCACCAAAGCAACCUCCGUCCGUAGCACCUUACAGUGCUUCUAAACCAACCGCUAGGCCACCACCUCCACCAACCUCAACAUCGCCUCCGCCGUCCGUGGAGCAGAAGUCGACUGCACCCUCGUCCGUAGUGUUGAACACGGACACCACGCCUGGACAGCGGUCGGGCACGCUGUCGUUCGCGUCUCGGAAAGCACGGCCUCAGGCUGCCGAAGUCGUUGCUUCGGGUGGCCAUGGCGCCGAUUUCUCUAAGCCGCAGUCGAGUCCCGUCCAUGCCACCUCUGGCUCGUCCACAUCUGGUGUAAGCGUGUCCCAAGCCCGUGCGCCGUAUCAACCUGCGCAGAAUACGCAAACCGUCAAUGCCAACACGGCUCCGUCCACGACCAUAGUGAACAGCAUGCCGGCAGCAUCUGUAAACGGACAUCCUGGCACCAUGCAACAGCCGCUUCCGAAUCUUAAUGUACAGAAUGCCGACAUGUCAGCAUUUAUGGCAGCCAUGCAAGAGGAGAUGUUGCAGUUAGUGCGUGAAGUUCAGUCUGGCCAAGGAGGGGACGAAUCAUCGCGGGCUGCUAUUGUCGGGCUGGCAUCUAAGCUGGAUGCGUUGUCAGGUUCUGUCAGCUCCAACAACAGUGCUCCUACGGCUGUCGAACAGGAGAGAAAGCGAAAUGAAGAGGCCGAACGCCAGCGCUGGGAGCAGCAGCAGAAGAAACUGGAGGAGGACAUGCGCAAGCAGCGGGAUGCGGUAGAGCGGCAGCAGAAGGAGCUGGAAGCCAAGGAGAAGCGCAUGGCCAAGAUGCAGGAUCGCCUCAAAGAGCAGCAAGUGCGCCUCCAGCAGGAGCAGGACAGUGCUAGGCAGAAGGUCGCCGCUGCUCAAGCUGCCGCAGCAGCAGCCGCCGCCGCAGCCACAGAGGCAGCUGCAGCUGCGGCAGCCGAGACGGCAGCCGCCAGAGCGAGGACGGGCUCGACGAACAAGCGCCGCAGUGUACGCAUACGCGGCAGCAACAAGCUGGAUCUGCGGCGACAAGAGAGUAACGAUUCCACCCUGUCCAGCGAGACACCGCCGGCGGUUGCAAGCAACAGAGAGCGUUCGCCGGACCAGCACCUGUCCGCUCAGGCCAGCCGAACAUCAACACCAAAACCCGUGUCGCCGCUGGCAGUGAGGCGACCUGCCCCAUCGCCCCAACCAGCCGUGUCAAGUGAAGCCGGCGAAAGCAAAUCGAAGGCAGACGAUGCAAGUCUAGAGACACGUGAGCAGCCUAAUGUCGCAGUGGAACCAGCCCAAGAGCCAGAGGUGUCUAUCCCUGCCACUGCCGGCACUACUUCUGCACCGGAGACUUCCGCUACAGAAUCCUAUCGUGAAGCUCCCGCCACUUCUCCGACUCCUGCUCCUGCAGCUGCUGCUCCGGCUAAUGUAACAUCCACUGAGCAGGCCGCUGUUGGUGAAACACUGCUAGGUGCGGAGAAAAGUAGUUUAGAAACCCGGUCGACUCCCGGAUCAUCACCAGCCCCAGCCAGCCCAAUCCACUCUCCCGAUCUGGUGGUUGAAGUCACUGCGGCUGACCCCACCAGUGCUGGACCAGUUAGAACCAGUGAGACCAUUGCUGAGGAGCCCACUGAAACUCCUGCUGCUGCUGCUGCUGCUGCUGCCCCAGCAGAAGAAACGCCAGACCCCGUGCUAGAGGUUGAACCAGCAGGUGACCAAGCCAGUGAAACACCCACUGAAGUCAAACCAAGUUCGGAGGAACAAGUGGAAGAGGAAUUCUUCCAAGAGGAUUCCCCAGUGAUAUCCAGUGAGGAUCAGACCAAGACAACACAGUCAGUUAGUGUGACACCAGAGCCGAGUGCUGAUGCUGCAGCUGUGGCGACUGCUCAAGCCGAGACACCAGCAGCGCGUACAUCGCCGGUGGACGAGGACAGCUUGGCCAGCGGAGAGGACGAGAGUGGCGAUGAAGAAGACGAGGAGACUAGUGCAGCAGCCACCUCCGCUCAGCAGCUGACGGACUUGGCAAAGGAGCUAGAGGACGUGUUGGCAGCAGUUGACGUGGAAAUGCGUCCAAUCCGACCGCUGUCUUCAACACCAGAAGAGCUAGCUUUGGAGGAGGCAGCAGAGGCAGAAGAAAUCAAGAGGUCUGAAGAAACUGAGAAAGGUAGUGACAGCACAACAGGAGAGAUACAACCAGCAGCGGAUGCAGCAGCAGAAGGGCAAGUUGAAGCGAAUGCUGGUGAAGAAAGUGUACCGCCAGAAUCGUUUGACCAACAGCCAGCCGAGACUGGUGAAAGCCCACAACCAUCAGAUAGCCUUGGCGAUAUGCAGGAAGAGUUCGCUCUUGGCAUUGAGGAUGGCUCCCUGGACGAACGCAGCGCAGAUAGCGCACUGGGCAGCAGCAUUGUAGAAGGAGAUGAUCGCCAGACGCCGGAGGACAAUGCAGAGGAGUUUGACAUGGAGCCGUCAUCCUCAGGACCUGGCACAUUUCUGGAGCUGGCCGCCCAGAUGGGAAUGCUGCAGGGCGAGGCCAGCAGAGUGCCACCUGCACCACCGAUGCCAGGAAUGCCCGGCAUACCUCCACCUCCACCACUCCCUGGCAUGCCGGGUAUUCCCCCUCCACCUCCCAUGCCUGGAAUGCCAGGUGUACCUCCUCCACCGCCCAUGCCCGGGAUGGGUGGCAUUCCCCCUCCUCCGGGAAUGGGCGGCCUCGGAAUGGCAAUGGGAUCAGCUGUUCCCCCGGGAAUGCCUCCGCGCAAGAAGGUCUCAACGAAGGCGAAGCUUCGGCAGUUCCACUGGAGCAAGAUGGCCAACAUUGAUAUUGUCACGUCAGUGUGGCGCGAUGCUGAAGAUCUGGUCGAUAAGAUUGAUGGGCCAUUCCUUGAAGAACACUUCAACAUGGACGUAGAGAAGAAAGUUGCUGUUGAGAAGAAGGACAGUAAGAAACUGCUAAUGGAGAGUGGCAAAGCCCGCAAUGUCGGUAUUUUCAUGUCUGGCUGCAAGCUCUCCGUUCAGGACAUUACACGGCGACUCCUGGAAACCGACGAUGGCUCUUGUCUUACUGUCGACCACAUUAUGUGUUUGAAGAGAUUUCAACCGAGUGCUGAUGACCGUGAGGUGUAUAAGGAUUUCAAGGGUACUGUCAGCAGUCUUCAAGAUGUGGAUCAGUUCAUGUAUCAGCUGUGCAAAGUGCCCAAGCUUGCACAGUACAUUGACAUGCAGCUGCUAGUGCAGGAGUUCCCCAUGCAGUUGGAGGAGAUGUCCGCGGUCAUAGAAAGAGGUCUGACGGCAUGCAAGGAAGUGUUCACACCGGCGUUCAAGCGCCUUCUCGAGUACAUCCUCGCUAUUGGCAAUUAUCUCAACUCUGGCACGGCGAGAGGCGAAUGCUACGGCUUCAAGCUUUCCUCUCUGCCUAAAUUCUGCUCACUCCGUGGCAAGGACCGCAACUACAAUGUUCUCCAUCUAGUGUAUGAGAAGGUCAUGCCUAAGGAGCCGGAGCUAAGGAAGUUGCCGACAACGAUGAAGACUAUCCGCGGUACAGCUGAAAUCUCGCUGCGCUCGCUGGCUGGUGAAAUUGAAGUCAUGGAGAAGGACUUGGACAAGAUUGUCCGGAAUGCGGAGAAGCUCGUGGAGAAAGAUCACUCUUCGGCGGAGAAGUCUUUCCACAGCAAAGUCAUGCGCUUUGUUGACAUUCAUCGGUCUAAGCUGACUAAAGUGCAGCUAAUGGGCGAAGAGAUGAACGGGAUGUUCUCUAAAGUUCUGACGUUUCUUGGUGAGCAACCAAGUGUGGACAGCGAUGAAGUGUUUGGAUACAUCAACGAAUUCCUGUCACAUCUCGAGCGCGUCAUCAUGGAAAAAGAGUCCGAAGAAGAGCAAGAGAAGAGAAAAGCUGAAAUGGCAGAGAAGGCGGAGAAGGCUGCUGAAAAGAGACGAGCAGAGCAAGCAAAGGCUGCAGCAGCUCGCCCUACCACGCCAUCGUCAUCUCUCGGUAUGGCUAUGGCGGGGCGACGAGGAGGCAACAAGCCCACGCGAAAGGGCUACUUGAUGAAGCUGAGCGGUGGCAAACACCGAGCAGCCAAGUUUGACAAGCGGUUCUUUGAGCUGGCCGAGGCUGGCAGCCUCUACUACUACAAGAAAGAAGGCGGCAAGGCGCUCGGGGCUAUCUACUUGCGUGGAGUUGUCGCAGAGCAUGACAAAGAAGACCCAUCCGUUAUCAGCUUCAUGGCUGAGGACCGUCAGUGGACGCUGAAAGCGGAGAGCCGAGACGAGGCGGAAGCAUGGCUUUACGACAUGGCAGCGUAUUGCUAGGCUGAGGACGAAGAAGACAGGUGUGUAUUGCACAGGCCGGGAUAGUGCUGGUACCGAACAAUUUUGUCACCUUGGAUUCCAUCUUGUGUCAGCUCUGUAUGCGUGGACGCAAAGUGACUUGUCCAAGGUGGCAUGCAUUUUUUUAACACAACUUUGCACACGCAUUUUUUAUUUACUCAUCCCUUUCACUUGAGAUGUUUUGACAUCACCCAAGCCAGUGCUGGCUACUGUUAGCAUGCUGUACGCCUAGUACUUGGUGGCAGAUAUGAUUGUAUCAUUAUUCUAUCUAGGCAUUUCUAAUUAUAUUAUUAUUGCCUCUUUUUACGGUAGGAACUUCUGAAGAAGUCCUUUUUACACAGGACUGAGGGUGUCCAGUGUGAUUUGUCAUACGAGAAGAGUGCACAUUGCAUCUGACCAGAGUUUGCAACUCCCUAGUAGGGAGCGUACAGUAAAGUCUCGCGUCCCAAGAACGUAAAGUUGUUUCCGAGGGGUUCUUAUUUUCAGCAAACUGGCUGCGUUCUUAGAAACAAUUUGUACUGGAUCGUAAUAAUCAUGUACCCCAAAAGUUGCAGGAAAACCAACACUGUUGUUCUGAACUUUAUUAAUAGGCUGUGUUGUUCUUAGCAUUUCAGGCUGGACAGACGUACAGGUAUUUCUGGACUUGCUUUCUUGAUGUAUUUUUUAUUAUCACUA